UUGUCACGCCAAGGCGUAAUUCCUUCGCACGCAAAUUGUCACUUUCAGUAGCGUUCGAAACAUGGAACUGCUCGUGCGUCUUCUUUGUGUCGUUGCUAUUGCUGGAGCAAUCACUGUUGAAACCAAGCUGGACUUCCAAGAUGAGCCUAAGGUAAUUAAGAAGUUAGGAAAGGAUGUCGGAGGGUGCAGUACUACUGGAUGCAAUACCACCAAGAAGAUCGAGGCUAGUGACACGAUAUCGGCGGAUGUGAUAGUCGAGGUCAAGACUAAUUUGGAUGUGGCUAAGCAAAACACGGAUGAUGAUGAGGUGCCGGAUGUGCCUAUAGUAUUGGGAUACGCUGGAACGGAUUUGGAAGAUAAGAAGGUGCAGGAUAACGUUAUUAAUCCUAAUCCGAUAGUUGUGUCCAGUUUCGAUCAAAGUUUUCCUGAUGUUAAGAAUGGAGGUGGAGGCUUUAUUCCACUUCCUGCGUUGAACAAGCCUUAUUACAAUUCGUACGUUCCGCGUAAUACCUUCAAUAGUAUACCAAGACCCGAUUGGAGGAUGUCUCCAUCGUGGUACCUAAGACCACCUCAACCUACAUCCACUUGGACUACUUGUACUUGCCACCCAACGGUUUCCUGGCAGCCAUCCACGGCACCCUCCUACCGUUAUAACCCCGGUUUAAAUAACCCCGGUUUAAAUAACCCCAGUUUAAAUAACCCCAGAUUUAAUAAUCCCGGAUUAAAACCACCCCCAGCGCAAAUCGAUGGGAAAUUAGCACCUCUAAAUUAAACAAUAACUUAAUUAUAUAUAAAACACCUAAUAUAAUUUAAAUUUAAGCCAAUUUAUAACCGGAAAUAAUGGAAAUUUUCCGCACACAAAUUUCCCCAAACAGUAUUCAACCCAAAAGUUGUGCUUCGCCUGUGUAGACGAUUUUCUUUUUGCUUAAAAUUAUUUGCAAAAAUAACAAUACGCAAAUUACAUCGAGGUUUUUCCCACGGCGAAAUCACUUCGAAUUGAUUUGAUUUCGCUCACGAUUCUCCGUUUUUUAUUACUACCUUUUGCUGCUUAUUACAUGGCUAUUAUUUAUUGUAUUAUUAAACACGCCUGGUCCAUUAGCGGAGGCAAAAACUGCGCAGCGGUGUUUAUAAUCCGGAUGGGUUCGGGAGGGAACUUGAACUUGAAGUUUUGACGUGAAUUUGGCUUAUUUCGAAGCCCCUUUGUUACGACAUCGUAUUUUAAUGAGACCGGCUUUGUUCCACACUUUGCACCGACAAAACAUGGCUUAAAAGUUGCAUUUUAUUUUUUUUGUUUCCGUGUACUGUUGAAUAAUUUGGUGGAAUCAGCUUUUUUCCGUCGAUUACUGUUACACACUUAACAUACAUUGAAAAACAAUAAUACAUAUGCAAAUAUAUUUUAAAU